GCAUGUCACGGGAGCAGCCGGCGACGUGUUGGCCCAAACAACCGUCAUGUCGCAGGACGGCCGUCUGCUCUGCGUCUCAGAAUUGCGCGAGGGGCUGGGCCGAAUAAGAAAGACCCCUGACAGUUGGCUGAGGGUUCGAAGGGUAGAGAGUUUGCUUGGUUGGCGGCCCGGUGCGAUCACGUCCUUCCAUGCGUCCAUCCCUCCUCCGCCUCAAAGCGGAACGGAGGCAAGGCGCUCGCGCCGAACACUAUUCUCUGACUUAGAGCGCAGCCUCGAAAACGAAGGCAUAUUCUUUCACAGAGAUUUUGUCGCCGUGACCGAACCUCAGGGUCCGCGUCCUCCGU